AUGGCAUGUAUCGGAGCUGGGGCUUAUAACUGUUGCCCAUAAAUAAACCAUGAUGACCCAGAGAGUUAGUUUACACCCUGUGGUGGAGGGGUGGGGGGCAUGACUGUCAGACGAAAGAGGAAACGAAACUAUUGCACUUUUGAGUACCAACAGGCUCUCUGUCACUGUCACUCUCAGAGAUGGAUAAGUUCAAGACGGUGCUCAACGUCGCUACCAAGCAGCAGACCAGCCAGCUCGGCUUCGGUUUGAUUGCACUGCUGACGGCAGGCGGGGAGCAGAUCUUCUCCUCGGUGGUGUUCAACUGCCCCUGUAGUAGCUGGAACUUCCUCUACGGCAUGGUGUUCCUCCUGGUGCCCGCCUGGGUGCUCCUGGUGUUGGGCUACAUCUCCAGCAUAAGGCUGUGGAAGCUGAUCACGGGGAGCUGUUACCGCAGAUCCAAGCUGUGCCGCUGGAAAACCUGCGCUGCCGCCGGGGCUGUCCUGUUUCAGAUCACCACCACAGCCUUGGUGGCCCCUUCCAGCUGGAUCGCCGUGGCGCUGCUGAAUGGCAACUACUUUCAGUGUGCCAUGACCGGGCUCAACGUGACCAGUUUUAAAAAGCACUUCUGUGGCGAGACUGUCUCCCAGUCCGAGUGCCAAGAGGAGCUGUACCAGUUUCCCUGCGGCAGAGGAGGCACUGAGGCGCAAAGAAAGGAUGUGCUGAUCAGCCUGAGAGCGGAGUCCCAGAUUAUGGGCUGGCUGCUGAUCGCCUCCAUCGUGGUGACCAACCUGCUGCUCACCUGCAUGGCACGGUGCUAUUCUCCCAUCAGCUACCUGCAGCUCAAGUUCUGGAAGGCCUACACCCAGGAGGAGAACAGCCUGAUGGAGUCGUACUCCAUCAAACACGCCAAGGAGCUUGCCGACAGAAACCUGAAGAGCUUCUUCCAGCAGAAGCAGCCCGAACAGAUCUUUACCCCCUCCAACGUGGACUGGCAGAGGAUCUCCGCCUUCUACAGGUUUAGCACCAAAGAUCACUACUACAGCACCAUGCACCAGUUUGUGGAGCAACUUGAUGCAAACGACAGCGGGGCCAUGAGGAUGGCCUCAGUCAGAUCUGACGGCCCCGGUGCCAACAACCCCGCUGUACUCGCUUUUGUGGAUGAGGGUAAGAUGAUGCUGUGAGGAGGAACAUUCUGCAAAGAAGUACUGAAUACCAGCUGGUUAGAAGGACAUGCUGGUUUGCAAAAAAAUUGGGUCAACAUUGGGCUUUUAUCAAAUAUCGGCCAUCAGUGUUGGCCACAGUGGAAGUUCUCUUUGACCGCAGCUGCAUAAAAAGCCUUUGAACAUGAUAUGAAAUUUUAUUGUCUUUGUACAUUUUUUUUUUUAAUGCAAUUGGUCAAUCAGGUUUUUGUAAAUCAAUCCUUAAUUUAAAGGCACGAAGGAAAGAAUUUGAUUUGAUAAGAGUUUUAGUGUCCUGUGCUGGUCUACAUGCAUUUUAAGAGGCUUUCACACACUGUCAAGAAUAAAAUUCGCUAGGAAGCUCUAAUUCAUUCAUUUUCCAAGCCACUUAUCCUAAUUAAGGUUGCGGGUGGGGUGCCUUUCCCAGCACAAACAUAAUAGACAGAUUGGAAACAGUAAAGCAUAUUUUUAAGGUUGUGUGUAAUAAGUGAAUGUGUUGCACUGAUGAUGUUUUAGUUGCUAAAUUAAGCAUUCUUCUUUUUUUUUUCUCCACCACUGCUGAGUUUCCCCUUUAUGUUGUUGUUUUCAGAGUAGUUGGGUUGCAGGAGAGGAACUGGAAAUAGGUGCACAGUAACACCUUAAAGCUGGACUAGUGAGCAACUUUGCAAGCGGCCGCUGUUAAAUUUAGCCUCAAGCUGCAUUUGGACAAAUUGGGUGAAUCUACAGGAUUUCAGUUAGACGGGAUAGAAUGCUCCUCUUUAUUUCAGUGCACUGUAUGAUUUAGGCUGAUAAGAUAAGGUUUAUUUUUACCAAUAAAAUAAAAUAAAAUAAAUAAAAUCUCAUGUAGUACACCUUUAAAAUGAAAACGAUAGCUACUAUACUGUACUGGCUUUGUGGCUUUUGCCGCUUUCAGAAGAGGAGCAUUAGUCCAGUGUUGAGGUACACACUAUCUUGUGGUGAACAACAAAUCCAGCUCACUAGCAGAGCAUGCAGCCUCAACACAUCGUGAUAAAAAAUGAACAUAAGAAUGAACAUGACUCGAACUCUGAAAACAUCAGAAACCCUUGAUUUGUAUUUUUAUUUUUCUUUAAUUGGACUUUCAUAUGGACCAAACGAGAGACUGUGUUUCAACAUUACAAUCACCAGCCUAUUCAUCAUCAUCACCACCACAAUCAUCAUCAUCAUCGCCAUCACACUCAUGAUAACCACAGUGAUGCAAUCGUGGCAUUUCCUUUUGAUAGAACACAGUUUAACAACGGCUGCAGCUGGUCUGAAAUGAAAAAUACAUCUUUGAAUCAAAACUAUUUAAUGAGAUCAUUUCUCUCACUGCCAAAGUUUUUUUUCUGCACUAUUUCUGUCACAUCCUGAUGUGCACUUCAUGUAGUUCAAGUGACUUGUUUACCUGCUUGUGUGGUGUAGAACAGGAAACGUGACAAAUUAAGACCUCAAGCAAAACCAAAGAUGACGAAUUUCCUGUGCACUGUUCUGCUGGCAAACUGUGUGUUUAUGAUUCUGUUCCAACGGAUAUACUCUCUUUACACAUAAAUAUGCAAUAUGCACAAGAUCAGUUUAAGUCAACACUUGUAUGGGCUGUGAGUAUAAACUGAAUCAAGUGGUAGUUAACAUGAUUUUAGUGGUGCUGUUAGCUUCAGCACUAGUGCAUCAUGACGUAUUCUGUGUGUUUGAUUGCCGUAUCAUCUUUGAGAGCAAGCUGUACAAUGCACUCAACAGCUUUUAGGCCGACCACUCAGACUCUCUUGUGGGAAUAGAGCAGAAAAACCACAGGGAAGAGGAAGUGAACACUUCUCUGUCGUCAGUAUCUUCUGCUCACAAGCAUCGCCGGCGCUGCUACUUCUCUUCUUCCUUCUGGAGUAAUGGUAUUUGCUUUAAAAAAGAAGAAAAAAAAACUUCCAUAGGAAAUGAUUCAUUUGAAAUUUCAUUUUUGCACGAUAAACUGUAUGUAUUUAUAUUUUUGUCUUUGCAUGUUUGUCAGGGCACAGGAGAGCAGAAAUUGUAAAGAAACUGUUGAAUUCUGUUUAAAUUUUUAACACCUAUCGAGGUACAGUCAUAUUUAUUGUGUGUAUGUGUGUGUGUGUGUGUGUGUUUAGGAAGAGAGCCAAUUCAGAUUCUUGUAACUUUCACAGGAUUGAAUAGAUGCUUCAUGUCAGAAUUAAUGUAGAGUUAAACAUUUUCAGGACUUUUCCUUUGUUUUUGGUAGUUUACAUUUGCCUUAGGCUGCAUUUUCCUUUACUGCACUCUCAAGGGACAUACUUGUAGCAAUGAAAACCGGAUGAGCAGGAUUUCAGGCAACUAGUUACAGCCUUGCCUUAUUAACUGGCAGAGAAAGGGAAGGAAGCAUUUGGAAAGGGAUGUACAAGCUGACGUGAACAGAGACAGAGAAGUGAAGUGAGAGUACACAGUGCUGCAGCUUUUGUCACUGGGGCUGUUAUCUUCCCUUUUGACGGGACAGUCGGGGAACUGGGGAAGCAGAGAAGACAGUGAAAAAAGAGGCAGUGGGUGGGAAGAAGUGACAGAGGGAGGAGUUUGGACGAAAGAGGGAGAGAAA